GUUAUAUAACGUUGGUGGGAGAACUAUAAAACGAAAACCGGCUCGGAAGGACAAGCUGUUGUCAGCAAGGUACUGCUCCAGUAUGCAACGUAAAAUACUCAUCAAGAAUGGAAGAGUUGUUAAUGCGGAUAUAUCAGAAAUCAGAGACAUUAUUAUCGUUGGAGAAGUUAUAGAAAAAAUAGGUACGAAUUUAUCUCCCGACAGUGACACGGAGGUAAUUGAUGCGACCGGUAAAUUUGUAUUUCCAGGGGGCAUAGACCCCCAUACGCAUUUAGAGUUCGAGUUCAUGGGAGGAACAUCUGUUGACGAUUUUUACAGUGGGACCCGAGCUGCAGUCGCUGGUGGCACUACGACUAUAAUAGAUUUCGCCAUACCGAAAAAAGGCGAGUCGUUGUUGGACACCUACAAUUCCUACAAAAGAAAGGCGGACGAGAAAGUCGUCUGCGAUUAUGCCCUACACAUGGGAGUCACGUCAUGGGACGAAACGGUAAAACAGUGCAUGCAGUAUCUUGUCGAAAAAUGCGGUAUCAACUCUUUUAAAGUAUUCAUGGCUUAUAAAAAUAUGAUGAUGUUGGACGACGCAGACAUCUAUCAGGCAUUUCUUCACUGCAAAAAGUUAGGGGCAGUACCGAUGGUCCAUGCCGAGAACGGACACGUGAUCGUCGAAAAUGCGAAACGACUUUUGGCGAACGGUGUGACCGGUCCAGAGGGUCACGCGCUUUCCAGGCCUGAGUGCGUCGAAGCGGAAGCGACGAACCGGGCGUGCAUGAUAGCCGAGAAUGUAGACAGCCCACUAUACGUCGUUCAUGUGAUGAGUGAUUCCGCCGCGCAGAUGAUUGGGACGAGGAGGAAAAGAGACUUUUGCAGGAUUUUUGGCGAAACUCUGGCUGCAGGACUGGGCACGACGGCCCCGGAAACAGACGAUUUUCGUGUUCAAGCGGCCCACGUGAUGAGCCCGCCGAUCAGGUCAGAUAAAACCACGCCCAACACCCUUAUGCGCCAUUUAGCCGACGACGUUCUGUCCACGACGGGAAGUGAUAAUUGCACCUUCAAUAUUGAUCAAAAGUCAAUAGGAAAAAACGAUUUUACCAAGAUUCCCAACGGAGUGAACGGAGUGGAAGACAGGCUUUCCGUCGUUUGGGAAAUGGGCGUUCACUCCGGUUUAAUUACCCCGGAAAGAUUCGUCGAAAUCACAAGUACCAAUUCUGCAAAGAUAUUCAACAUUUAUCCGAAAAAAGGCUGCAUAAGGGUCGGCUCAGACGCGGAUGUAGUUAUAUGGGAUCCUAAUAAAGUGAGGACAAUCUCUGCCACUACACACCAUCACGCUUGUGACUUCAACAUAUUCGAAGGCAUGGUAGUUCACGGCGUGCCGGAUGUCGUCCUUGUAAGGGGGAAGGUGUCUUUCAAAGAUGGCACGAUCUGCACGAAAAAAGGGUGGGGCAAGUUCGUGCCGACACCACCCUUUCCACCACUUCUUUAUUCUCACAAGAGGUCAAAUUUAACGUUGGUCUAAUACUACCAAUAGGACUCAACAACAGAUAAUAAAUUAAUAAUUUAUUAUAAUUAUUAAUAAAUAAUUAAGCAUUCCUGAUAUUGUUAAAGAUCCUACUUUGUAAAAUUAUGUUACCAUUAUAUUUAUGUGUGGUGUUUAGUGACCGUUACUAUUUGGAGGUCGUGAGAUAACGUCUGUUGUGACGUAGGUUUUAGAAAAUCAUUUUCUUUAUCGUGCCAACGUUUCGAUCUUUAUUGAGAUCAUCUUCAGGGCUCAAAUUGUUUGUUUUCCAUGUAGAUGUGUCAUUCUUUUUUGUCGUGUCGAGAGUGCCCUUCAUGGGCUAAUCUAAAAUUUUCUAGCAUUGUAUAAAUUCAAUUUUUUUCAACAUCCUACAUGCAUUUGCAAAAUUUAAACAAUGUUUAAAAGUCCCAGGUCCUGAAGAUGAUCUUAAUAAAGAUCGAAACGUUUGCACGAGAAAGAUUAUGUUUUUCUCCAAAUAAAACCUCCAAAUAAUCAUUAUAUUUAUAUUGAUAUGUUUAUAUUUAGUCAAACCAAAAAUGUAUGUUUGAACUAUAAAUAACUUAGCUUCCUUUUUAUUUUAUGCAAAACCAAUAAAUAAUGCAUGUAUUAAUCAAAUAAAUAUUAAUUUACUAGUUCCACACCUUUAAAAACAAAUCCUAGUAUAUGGAUACAUUUAUAUCCAUAUUUGGUCCUUGUCGUCCUUGGCGACAUAGAUACCAGUUUCAAAACAGUUGCAACGCGUAAAAGAAGACGACCUCCAGAUAAACACAUACAACUUGAAGGACUAACACAAAUUCGUUCUGGAAAUAAAUAUUUAACCCUCGAAGCUACUUAUUAUGCCAAUAAUUGUCUAUUAUUUUUCAAAUAAAUUUGUUAUGCUCUUACAA